CGGCCGGUGGAGGCUGUUGAGCGGCCUGGACCUGCGGGCGCCGCAAUGGAGACUGGAGUGUCCGAUGCAAGCAACCCCUUUUCAGUAGAAGGUGACAGCCUGAUCCAGGACCUCGACCUGUAUGACACCGACAGCUAUGAUGUCCCGGACCCAGGGCUGCUCAAGGAAAAGAACGAGUCGUUUUUGGAGCCAGCCCCACAGCUUUUUACCAGCAGCUGGCAGUGGCAGAACAUGGCCCCACGCGCCCGUGCCCGCCAGCUGUGGCUGCUGCUACGUGCAGGCCUCCGUGACUUCGUGGAAAAGGAAAAGAGAGCAGAGCUGUGCGUGGCCCGCUUGACACACGGGCUGGAGCCGCUGCGCCACCUGACAGUGGCGGCUGGGCUGCGCUCGGUGGCACAAGACCCAGCGGGCAGACGCUUCGUGGUGCUGGACGGCGCAGGCCGCCUGCACCUGCACAGAGAAGACGGCUGGGCCUAUGAGAAGCUCUGUGCCCCAGCAGUGCUCACGGGGCUGGUGGCAGUGCCAGGCCCGCUGGGUGCUGUGGGCCGCUUUGUGGGCUGGGGCCCCGAGGGGCUGGCCAUCCUGAGGCCUGACCUCAGCCUGCUGUGGCUGAGCAAGCCAGGGCCGGACAGGGGGCCAGGCCACCAGCCCAUCUGCUGUCUGCCGGUGCCCAGCCUGGGGCUGCUGCUAGUGGCAGAGGCAGGCGGCAGCCUGGUGCUCCGGAAGUUCCGUUCCGGGGGUCGCCGCCUGGUGCCCUGUGGGUCACCUCUGCAGCUGCCACCAAGCCCUGCGGGUGGACUCACCCGUUUGGUUCUCGGACCCCUGCCCUCCCGCCAAGUCCCAGGCUGCUUCGCGGCCUAUGGCUCGGCUGUGCUCACCUUUGAUCUGCAUAGCUGGGCUCUCGUAGAUGUGCGCCGGGACCUGCAUAAAACCACCAUCUCGGACCUGGCCUACUGCAAGGAAGUGGAGGCUGUGGUGACGGCUUCACGCGACAGCACCGUCAAGGUGUGGGAGGCGGACUGGCAGGUCCGGAUGGUGUUCGUGGGCCACACAGGCCCAGUGACGGCUGUGGCCGUGCUCCCGCACACCGCCCUCGUGCUGUCAGCCUCGCAGGACGGGACGCUGCGCACGUGGGACCUGCAGGUGUCCGCACAGGUGGGCGAGGUGGCGCUGAGCGGCAGCGCCCGAGCGGUGUCGUCGGGGCACGUGAACCGCCUGCUGGCGCCCGCUGGCCCCGGCUGGCCAGUGCUCGCUCUGAGCGCGAGCAGCGUGGGGCUGUGGCUCCUUCGCGAGCUCUACUCGCCGUUGGCACAGCUUUCAGCGCCGGUGCUCCACCUGCAGACGGUGCCUGCGCUGCCCGCGCCCGCGCGCCCCGCGCUGCCCGCGCGCCUUGUGUGCGCAUGCGCCGAUGGCUCGGUCUACCUGGUGUCGGUUGCGACGGGGCGCACCGUGAGCGCGCUGCUGCUUGAACCCGACGACUGCGCAGCCUCGGUGCUUUAUUGCCUACCGCGUGAAGCGCUGUGGCUGCUGACACGCGCCGGACACCUGGUGUGUGCCAACGCUGCACGCUCCCCCAUGCGCGUGCUAAACCGGGUGUGCCCGCCGCCGGCCCCUGCGCCCAGGCCCUGCUGCCUGCACCUCUACAGCCACCUCAUAGACCCCAGCAGCGCGUUUGCCAACUGGGAGAUCGUGCGCCAACACGGGGGCGAGCUGUGCGGCAGUGACCUGGCCCAGGCUCGGAAGGACAAAAACCGGUACCUGCCCGUGGCGGGGUACACGGAUGGCACCCUGUCGGUCCUCGAGUGGCGCUGGUCGAAGACUGUCUUCCAAACCGAGGCACACAGCCCGGGCCCGGUCACUGCCAUUGCAUCUACCUGGAACUCUAUCGUGUCCUCUGGCGGAGACUUGACGGUGAAGAUGUGGCGAGUCUUCCCCUACGCCGAGGAGAGCCUCAGCCUGCUGCGGACCUUCUCCUGCCGCCACCCGGCCACCGCGCUCUGUGCGCUGGGGAAGCGGGUCACUGUCGGCUUCGAGGAUCCGGAGAGCGCCACCUAUGGCCUGGUGCAGUUUGGCCUGGGCAACAGCCUCCGCUAUGAUCACCGGCCCCAGGACGACCCCAUGGACCGCAUCACUGGCCUGUGUUGCUGUCCCACCCUCAAGCUGUAUGCCUGUUCCAGCCUGGACUGCACCAUUCGCAUCUGGACAGCCAAGAACCGCCUGCUGAGGCUCCUGCAGCUGAAUGGCGCCCCUCAGGCCCUGACCUUCUGCAGCGACAGUGGGGACCUGGUGCUGGCUCUGGGCUCCCGACUCUGCCUGGUGUCCCAUAGGCUCUACCUGCCCACAUCUUACCUGGUUAAGAAGCUGUGCCAGACGGUCCCUGACGUGGUGGAUGACCCUCCACUGCCACUGACCAACCAGGAGUCGCUGACCUCGGCCCGGCUGCAGAGGCUCGCUACCCUACACGGGGUGGCCGGUCUCAGCACGGACUUGUCUUUCAUCCAUCACCAGACGGCAACACCUCAGCAGCCGGUGUUGGUGGAGGACUUGGAAGCCCUGGUUUCCCGGGAUCGAGACCUUCAGCUGCUGAGAUUGGGGCUGGUGGUCCCAGAAGCCCAUCGCCCACCCUCCUGGCAACAGCGCCAGGAGGCCUUUGACAACUAUAUGCAUCUGGUCUAUGGCCCUGGCUUCCUGGGCGUGCAUUCUGGAAGAGAGUCCCAGCAAUGGAGCACUGUGACCCUCACGUUGGAGAGGGAGAGCUGGGAUGUGUGUGCCUUGCCCACAGCUGCCCUCAGUCCUAGGCAGGCUGAGGUCUGCGCUGAAACCCCGGCAGGGCCAGCUGCCCUCCCCUUCCAGGACCUGGGAGCCGGGGGCCAGCGCUUUGCCCACCCUCCCCGAGUCCCCUUGCCCAGCCCGCCCUCCCACCGGGGGGUGCACAGCAGGGCCUCCCAGCUGCUGGCCCGCUCCUCCCUGAGCGGCCGUCUGGGCCUCAGUCUGGACCUGCAACUGCAGUUGGAGCGGCUCCAAGGGGAGAAGCCCGUGGUUGCGGACCUGCCAUCCCCCCACAUAGAGCGCAGGAUUCCCCUCUUGAUGAAGAGGCGGCCCAAAGAGCUUCUCUCCAACCUCCGAGGGUUCUUCCCUGCCACCACUCAGGCUUACCAGAACUGGCGCAGGCCCGUGCGCUUCCCCGGCAGCGUGCCCAACUCCGCGGUGCUGCAGCAGAUGUGGCCGCAGGGGGAGGUCAGCGGCCCCGGAGCCCUCACCCCGCCCACCAGCCACGCCAGAUCCAAGUCAGGUGGGAGCCAGGACGACAUGUGGCUUCUGCGGCGACGCAGGAGGCGGCGGCGCCACACCAAGUGGGAGCAGAAGCUGAUCCGGUGGUGGUUGGGGGAAGAGGAGGAGGAGGAGGAGGAGGAGGAGGAGGAGGAGGAGCAGCAGCAAGAGUUGUAUCUGGACUGGGCCUCGGACUUCCCGAGCCCACGCGUGCAGUGGGAGGAGGCAGAGACCUCCGAGGAUUCGACCCCGCAGCCCCGGCGGCCCGCGCCCUCUCAGGAAGCCUCCGCCAGGACCCAGGGGUCUCGCGGCCUCCCGCACCCCGACGCGCGCUCGCUCUGGGAGGAGCGCUACGGGCAUCUGCCCCAGUUCCUGCAGUUUUUUGUCUGCCAGAACUGGUUCAAAAAGCUGUUCCCCAUCUUCACCCUGAAGGCGUACCCCGAGGCGGGCACGGUGGAGGGCCUGGCCUCGCUGUUCAUAGAUCUGCUGGACGAAGCCUCCUGGGCCGACUGCGUGCGCCUCCUGCGAGCGCUGCUGCGGCUGCGGCCCGACCUGAGCAAGGACCUCUGCGACCGGCUGCAGGCCGUCCUGCUGCGUCUGCUCAAUCUGGACCAGCCCCCCAGCCUCCAGGACCAGACGCAAAAGCAGUUCGUGAUGCUGGCCCUGCAGCUCCUCCUGGCCUGCUCCCUGGCCUCCCACGAGGUGGUGCUGGAGCUCAUGUCCUACUUCCUCUACUCGCCAGACUCCUGCCGGCCCGGGCUCAAGGAGCUGCUGGAAGCGCUAGGCCUUCAGGAUCCACAGGGCUUCCUGUUCAAGGAGAUGACCUGGGUCCAGGGCCCGGACGCCAGCUCCAAGGCUUCACUGCGCAAAUGCUGCUGGCAGAAGCUGGAGGAAAUGAUCCGGCGGCUGCAGAUGGAGUCCUUGCAGCCUCAUGUAGCCAGGUUGUCAGAGGUGCUGCCCAAGGUCUCCAAAACCUCAGAGCUUUACUCUCCUCCCAAGGAGUGUUCGUCUCAGACUUCCCGGCUCUCCGGGUCACCUGCUCAUGUCUCAGGGACAUCCUCGGCCCAUUCCUGGGCCCCCUCAUUGGUGGUCUCACCUGGGGAGCUGGACAUGGCCACCCUUGAGUCCCAAACCCAGCAGAUGCUUUCACCAGUGGGCUUCUGGCGGACCAGACGCUCGCUGUCAGAGAUGCUGCUGCACUUCUGCCCCUUGUCUGAGGGCCACUUGCGCUCCUCAGCCCCCACUGCGCUGCCAGAUGAGCCACCGCCACUGGAGCAGACAGACUGGUCACGGUCACAGAUGCUGGACAUGGAGCCAAUUGAUGCGCUCAACUUCUUCUGCGAGCAGCAGCGGGCCCUGCAGCAGAGUCUCCUGCAGGAGGAGCCCGAGAGCCCGCGCCUGAGCCUGCGCCUGCCUGCACCCAACACGGUGCUCCCACAGCCCUGCGAUGGCCGGCACUCUCCCAUCCCCCGGCUUCAGGAGGCCCAGGUCCAGAGGUGUGCAAUGAGACUAAGGGGCCAGAUGCCGUCCCGGGUCCAGGUGGGCAGUACCCUCCACGGCUCCAUCCGGAUGCUGAAACUGCCCCUGCCAAGGGUGGAGCUUCGGCCCUUCCCCCCGGGCUGGCCCAGGCCUGCCCGUCCGCUGCCACCACUGCUCCUGCAGCCCACCUUGCAGCGCUACUUUCUACCAGGUGACACGAACCCUGACAGCUGCAGCUGACCAGGCUGGUGGCCCCAGUCUCUUCUUCCCUCCAGCCUGGAGUCGGGAAGUGGCUCUCCAACCAAAUGCUCUCCCCUGAAAAUACAGUCCAGAGGUCAUGGCCA